AUGAGUACACAAUUCAUUGCAUCCGGGUGGGCCAUUGAUCCAAGGAGCCAACGGUUCAUUUAUGAUGAAGCAACGAAAACCAUUACCGACCAGGAACAUAACCAGGCAGACGUCAAUCGUCUGCAAAACAACAAGUUACAGAAAUACGAUGAGGUUAUCGCCAUUUCUGAAGAGACUCUGAACACCACCUUGAGGCUCAGGUACAGUAACCUCCUGAAGAAGAAAAAGGACAUUCGUCUUCGACAGUUCAACCAUGUUAUUCCUUCUUACGGAGUGAUGAAGGCUGAGCUUGCAGCUCCUCAUCUCCAGCUUGUUGUCAACAAGAAUGGGGGACAGACUGUUCAGUUCUUUGUCAAUUUCAAGUCUGGCACAUUUGAGUGGUGGCGCGGAAGCUCCCCAUCAGACUUCCAAAAGUUUGUUCAGAAGGUUGAUGGAUGGUCUGUUGCGCUCAACGUCAACUUCAACGAAACCCAGCUGGCAAAAAUUCCCAAUCAUAUACAUAAAAAGAUUUCCACCAUGACAGCGGGCACGUACUCGGUGUCACAGAUCCUGUUGACUCUGAGCAAUGCCAGUGCAGCAUCAAUCGAUAUGGAGGCCAGCAAUUUUCCCAAUACGCCAAACUUUAAAACAAAACGCGAUAUGUAUGACCUUGUCAUAGGUGCUUUCAAGAGAUACUUCGAUCAGUACCUCAUUUGGCUUGGAAGAGGCCCUUACUCUGUGUUGGGUUACACUAUCAAAGUAAACAAAACCACUGAUAGUCGGCUUCCUCAGGAGUUUCAACCCACCAAAGUGUUCCUUCGCACCCAAGCUUAUACUCCCAGCACACAAGCUUUCAAAGACCACUUUCCCAGUACAAAACGACCCAUUCGAGGCGGACUAGAUGCUCUCUUGUUCCUCCAAAUGACUGGCAGUAACGCCUUACCCAGGGAGGCCGAUUACGACGACACCUUGCCUACCCAGUGGGUGACGGGCAAAGUCGACUGUAGUCUGACCAUGUCGAAACGGGUCUUUUGGGAUGGUUACUUGGCUGCCAAGUUCUCCGAAUUCAACCUACGGACCCUGUCAAUUGCCAAUGACAUUUGGUGGUGGAUCCGAACCAGCGACAGAGGGUUUAAUCGUCCCUGGAAACUGAAAGAGGGAGGUAUGCCGACGACGGCCUGGUGGAAUCCCACUUCCAAGGGCGCAGGGUUCACUUGGCAGGGCCAUGGGAGCCAGCCACUUAGCAAGAGAGAAUUUGACUCAUGGACCACCUUCAUAGGCAACUACAUGCGGUGGAAGCCAGGCACAGAUGAAGUCGACAUAUCCAUGGACAUUAGUUCAAUGAGACGAGUGAAUUACGACGGUGGAAUGUUUCAGAACCAUGUAGAACUGAAAUGGGAUCUGAAACUGCGCCUCAACACCAUCAAAGAUGGAAAACUGGAAACUGCAAUUUCUGGUGGUCUGCCACGUGUUAGCAGCAAACAGUUUAACGACACUUCGAAAUGGUGGAAUUUUGGAGAUGAUGACAUGAAAGACUUCGAAAAGAAGACAGAGGAGGCGGUUAAAGAGGCGCUAGCAAAGCGUGAUUUCACAAAGGAUCUUUCGGCUGUUUUGAACGACAAGAGCAAGUUUGUGUUUCCAGGAGCAGGAGAGUUCGCCAUGCGUGAGCCCAAGUUCAACAAUCAAGGAGAUUUACAGCUCGACCUGACUCUCAAAGGGGAGGAGAUUCUUGUUGACGACACAUUUCACCUCGUCGUCAACGCAGAAGGUCUAGCUCAGCAUGGAAAAUGGGUCCAGGUUGUCCCUAGUGAUGGGGUUGCCUGGAAAGCUGUGCUGGUCGACGCUCAAGCACAAGGAACAGAGUUUCAGAUCAGUGAUGGCUAUCUCGUUGUUGACGUCGAGGGGAUGCCUAGCGGACCGAGAGCUAGGGCAGAGGAUUCUCCCAACUCCGAAUCAAAUAUGCGACUAGUCGUAUUUAAUUCUCACGAUGAAUCAGAGAACAGAACUGAACCCAAAUGUGAGUUCUCAGUCACAGGCAGCGAAUUUCUCUUCUCCCGGAAUGAUGGAGAGACUUGGAAUCGGAGGUUCUUUAUUAGGGAUGACUCAUUGGGAUUCUUAUUUGGAGAUCCUUCGCCAUACGAUGAAGAUGCCGACUUAUUUAUGCUAGAUGCUGUAUACUAG